AUGAAGGGAUGUGAUGAUUUGGCCAUCUACGUGGACGACAUCGAGUUCGCCGAAACAGAAAUCGACGCCUACACGCGUAUUUUGGAAGUCUUGAAAAAUCGUGCCUGUUGGUACUGUGAGCUAGUCGGGACGCCGCUGGCCCGUGCGUUGAGCGACUGGAAGGACAAGCAGGAACCAGGGAAAACCCGUAUUCAGGUAGCCACCGAGGUGCCGGGCCGCACGAAGAAGGACUGCAUCAAACGAUUCAAAUACGUCGCGCAGCUCAUCAAAAAUCAGAAGAAA